UGGCGGACAGGGAGAGAGCGAGAGGGAAGAAGAGUGUCGCUGUGCGCGCGUCUUUCGGGGGCGGUCGCCAUUUAGCGCGGCCAGUUUCUCUCUCUCUCCCCCACUCACUCGGGAGAGGUGGCAGCGGGAGCCCCAUCCCCCACUCUCCUCACGAGUGGGAGGGAAGGACGGGCGUGAAGAAGAAGCCCCGGCGGUAGGCAAGCAGGCGCGGCGCCCCUUCUGGGUGAUUUCUCCGCCUUUCCUCCCACUCCCUCAGGCCAGGCGGAGGGUGGCCUUCUCCUCCUCCUCCUCCUCCUCUUCGGGCUGAGAACGAAGCCCCAAAGGAGGGGCGGCAGCGGCGGUAGUCCCGGCAUCGCGUGAGGGAACGAACGGAAGAAGGGAAAGAGGUCUCGGCGGCGAGGACGGGCCGGGGAGGAGCCUAAGCGAGCGGCUGAGCCGGACUUCAACGGAGGAGGGCAAGGAGCUUGGGUGAGACGGAACGCGCGCGGCCGCGACAGCCACGGGCCUGCCCUUACCGCGCACCCCACCCCGCUGGUCCGGGGCCUGCCGAAGGCUCCUUCCCGGCCUCUUUCUUCCUCUGACUCCCCCACCCCGCCUCCGCUGCUGCUCCAUGUCGGCCCUGCUGUUCGGCUCCCCGCUGCAGCAGGAUGGAUGCGGACACUGACUGGGGAGCCACCCCGCCUCCGCCGGCCCAGCCCGCUCCACCAGUCGCCUCGUCGCCUUCUUUGCUCCACGCCGCCCGGAGAUUCCGGGAGCCGCCUUUGCAGCAGCAGCAGCACCACCACCACCAAGGACCGCUGCCGCUUCUGCCGCCUUCCGAGCAGCUCUUGGGCGCGCUCGCCGCCUCGCCUUGACUGCCCUCGCGUCAGCUGCUGCUGCAGCGGCGGCGGCAACUGCUGCGCCUCCCCUUCGACAUCAUGUCAGCGGGCGCUCCGGAGAGCGGUGCGGGUGCGGCGACAGCGGCGGCGGCUUCUCCUCGUUUCCUCGCCCCGCCGCCUCCCCCGCCCAAGAACGGCUCGAGUUCGGACAGCUCCGUUGGCGAAAAGCUCGGGGUGGCCGCUGCGGGGACGUCGUCCUCCCCGGGAGACGCCGAAGGCUCGGAAGGGGCCAAUUGCCGUAGCGAGGAGUACCGGCGACGCCGGCAUACCAUGGACAAGGACAGCCGCGGUGCGGCGGCCACGGAACACCGCUUUUUUCGCCGGAGCGUCAUUUGCGAUUCGAAUGCCACCGCUCUGGACCUUCCGCGGCUGCAGCCAGCGGCGCCUCCCCCGGCUGCCGCCGCCGCUGCUGCUCGAGGGAGCAUCCCACCCGUGUUGGGCUCUCCUCCCGAGUCUGUCAUCCAGGCGGCCGGCGCUUCUGUCACCUCCAGCCAGGCCCCUGCGUUGCUACUACAGCCGCCCGCGCCUCUGCCUCCGGCCGCAGAAGUGCCGUCUGGUCCAGAGCUCUUGGUCGUGAAGGAGGUUGUCCCCUUAUUAGCCAAGGAGGAAGGGAUAGAAGCCGCUCAGCUGCCCCCUACCAGUACGGCAGGAAGCGUUGCUGCCUCGGCCCGGGAUCUGCAGGAAGAGCGAACUAAGCAGCAAGAAGAUAUCGAAGAGCUGGAGACCAAAGCGGUGGCUGUUUCCCCAGAUGGUCGUUUUUUGAAGUUUGACAUUGAGAUUGGCCGAGGCUCCUUCAAGACUGUCUACAAGGGACUAGACACUGAGACCACAGUGGAGGUUGCUUGGUGUGAGUUGCAGGAUCGGAAGCUGUCCAAAUCAGAAAGACAACGGUUUAAGGAGGAAGCUGAAAUGCUGAAAGGGCUUCAACAUCCUAAUAUUGUUAGAUUCUAUGAUUCCUGGGAAUCUACAGUCAAGGGAAAGAAAUGUAUUGUUCUGGUUACAGAACUUAUGACAUCUGGCACAUUGAAAACAUAUUUGAAAAGAUUUAAAGUGAUGAAAAUCAAAGUGUUACGAAGCUGGUGCCGGCAGAUACUCAAAGGUUUACAAUUCUUGCAUACACGCACUCCUCCCAUUAUCCAUCGCGAUUUGAAGUGUGACAACAUCUUUAUCACUGGCCCCACAGGAUCAGUCAAGAUAGGAGAUCUGGGCUUGGCAACUUUAAAACGAGCUUCUUUUGCCAAAAGUGUGAUAGGUACCCCAGAGUUCAUGGCACCCGAGAUGUAUGAGGAGAAAUACGAUGAGUCCGUUGAUGUAUAUGCUUUUGGGAUGUGUAUGCUUGAGAUGGCUACAUCUGAAUACCCUUAUUCUGAAUGUCAAAAUGCUGCACAGAUCUACCGUCGAGUGACCAGUGGAGUCAAGCCAGCCAGCUUUGAUAAAGUAGCUAUUCCUGAAGUGAAGGAAAUAAUUGAGGGAUGCAUUCGUCAAAAUAAAGAUGAAAGAUAUGCUAUCAAGGACCUUUUGAAUCAUGCAUUCUUCCAGGAAGAAACUGGUGUGCGUGUAGAAUUAGCAGAAGAAGAUGAUGGAGAGAAAAUUGCUAUUAAGCUCUGGCUACGAAUUGAAGAUAUUAAAAAGCUAAAAGGAAAAUACAAGGAUAAUGAAGCAAUAGAAUUUUCUUUUGACUUGGAAAGAGAUGUUCCUGAGGAUGUAGCACAAGAAAUGGUUGAAUCUGGAUAUGUCUGUGAAGGAGAUCACAAAACAAUGGCUAAAGCUAUAAAGGAUAGGGUAUCUUUGAUUAAGCGAAAGAGAGAGCAGCGUCAGUUGGUAAGGGAAGAACAGGAGAAAAGAAAGCAAGAAGAAGUCAAUCAGAAGCAGCAGACAGAACAGAAAACACACUCAGGGGCUGCCCAACAAGGAACAAAACAGGCUGUGCCUACUACUAGUGUCACUGCCGUUCCCACCACUUCAACUUCUGUUUCUACCCAAGUAGAACCUGAGGAGCCUGAGGCAGAUCAGCACCAACAGGUUCAGUUCCAGCAACCCAGUAUUUCUGUAUUAUCUGAUGGCACAGUUGAUAGUGGCCAGGGUUCAUCUCUCUUUAGUGAAUCAUGUUUGAGUAGCCAGCAGACGACUUCCUUCACUUCCCAGCAAGAACAGUCUCUUCCAACACUUCCAGCCUCAGGAUAUUCAGUUCCUGUUGGCCAGCCACAGUCACAACAGCCUGGAGGAUACCAGACCUCUACAGUGCCUCAACAUGGCUGUAGCAUGUCAGUUUGUGCUUCCACUCUUUCCCCCUUCCUUUCCUCCCCGAUCCCUCCCAGUUCCUUCCACCCUGCCAUUAGCGUUGUCUGCACCUCUGUCUUCUUCCUAUCUUCGGACACCCCGCAGGAAACUUUUGGUGAAAAGCUUUCCAAAGCCCUGGAGAGUGUCCUGCCCAUGCAUAUCACCUCUCCACGCAACCAACGGCGCUCCAGCCUGCCUUCCCUCUUUGUCAGCCCUCCUCAGUCCGUGAUGCAUCGGUAUGGGGGAACCCCAGCAUUCCUAGAUUCCCAAGUAAUUUUUUCUACCAUUCAUGAACUGCCAGGCUCUUUCUCACCACCACCCACCUGUCCUUCGGGGGUGUCCAUUUCUCAACGGCGUAAAAGUACUUCUGUCCUUGAAGCCCAAACUUGCCAUUUCCAGCCCUUGUUCAAGAUCACUCAAAAUCUACUUCUCCCUGGUGGUAGUCCAACAGUUUGGACACCAGAGACAGCAACAAUGAGCACAACUGCUCAUAACUCCACAAGAGAACACAUUCAGGCUAACACUGUGUUGAACUCGACUCAAACCUUGAAUGAUUACAGACCUGGACAAGCAACUUCGGAAGAUGCUACAAACAUGUUGACCCAAGAAGCAUUAUAUUUAAUGGGCAUGCACUACCAAUCUCAAUUACCUGAACACUAUGAGACACUAUCCUAUAAUGCUCAAGGAACUGAGCCAAAUUUACUGCAAACUCCUGAACCGAGAAUUGUACAAGGUGGCCCUCUUCAGAAUUCUGCUUUCGAAUAUCAGACAGGUCAGACAUUUUUGGCAAGACAAAUUCAAAAUUUGAGAUUGGAUUCUGGAAUGAAUCCAUUAUUGCCAGCGUCCGACAUAUCAACCCCAUUGAGCGCAGAUGCCAUGCAGAUGAAUUUUCAUCCAGUCUUUGUUCCACAUUCUGCACCUGCUGUACUCUCUCACAGUGGGGAUGGUCAAACAAGCGUGUUUGAGUUCCAUGUUCAAACUCCCAGUGUAACUGCAGGAGAAAGUACAACCUUAUCUCAGUGUGUUUAUAGAAAUCGUCACACAGAUUUUAACCAGGAGGAGUCUACUCAAAGAACUUUACAGCCUGUUCGUCUUCAGCCUGUAAAAGAGGAACAGAGUAAUUAUAUGAGUUCUGAGUUCAUGAUGAGUAGAGGCAGUUCUGUUCUCCAGAGCUGGCUGGAUGGUAGCCAAGGGUAUUCCAGUGACUCAUCACAGUUAACUUCUUCUGAUACUGGUGAUUUUCUGUCGCCCCCUCUGACUGGGACAUCUGUAUCAUAUGCCACAGAUUUAUCUUUUUCUGCUUCCCAAAUGGCUCAGAAGGUAUUGCCUGAUUCACAGAUCUUCAUCCACUUUCCACAGGGAACUUCAUCUGAACAGGCACACUCUGCGUUGGUUUCAAGAUCAUCUGCAUUCUAUUCUCAGAUGCAAGGGCAGCCAUCCUCAAAUGAAUCAUCGGUGACCGCAUCAUCACAACUUUUGCAGCAAAAUCAAUUGACUACCCAACAGCCAACCACCUCUCAGCAGACUGGGCAAUACCAAGUUCCACAGCCACCAGUUUCCACUGGAUCUGCUCCACUACAGCCAGUAACACAACAAGCACAAGUAAUGCCUAUGCCUCAGGUACCUGCUGGGACGCAGCUUCCUGUUUCCCAAACAGUGCCGAUCAUCCAGGGUGAAUCACAGUUACCUAUGGGAGCACCUUCCCUUGCUCAGUCUUCAGCUGCCCCAGUCAUGUCUCAUUUCCUCCCAGUGGGACAGCCCAUACAACCACCACUUCUUCCACAGUUCUCGACCUCUCAGAUGCCCAUGCCAGCACCUCAUGUGUCUGUGGCUCAGCCAUGCUUCCCAUCUCUAUCCAUUUCUAUGGCAGCUGGCAUUAACCAGCCACUGCUUACUCUGGCUACAUCUGCUGCAGCAACUGCCCUUCCUGUGGGCUCAACAGGUGUCCCUAGCCAGCUUCCAACCCUCUUGCAGCCUGGGGCUCAGCUGUCCAGCCAGGUGCUCCCACAGCUUCUUCAGCCAGGUGUUCAGUCCAUGGGAUUGCCUUCUACUCUGGGACAAACUGCUGAAGUUCCACUUCCAGCUACAGAUGCUCUGUACCAGGGUACAACUCCCGGAAUCACGCAGAUUGCACCUCCAGAGCCUCAGCCUUCCAUACAGCAGCAACCUUCACAAUCAACUCCUUUAGUUUCUUCAAUAGACAGUGCUCAUUCAGAUGUUGCCUCAGGCUUAAGUGAUUGCAAUGAAAGUGUUUCGGCAUCUAGUGGUAGACAUGAGGGGAGGACUACAAAGCGACAUUAUCGUAAAUCAGUACGCAGCCGUUCUCGACAUGAGAAAUCUACACGUCCCAAACUGAGAAUUCUUAAUGUUUCAAAUAAAGGUGAUCGGGUUGUGGAAUGUCAGCUAGAAACACACAACAGAAAAAUGGUUACUUUCAAAUUUGACUUGGAUGGUGACAAUCCAGAGGAAAUUGCUUCUAUAAUGGUGCAAAAUGAAUUCAUAUUGGCAAUAGAGAGAGAUUCAUUUGUUGAGCAGGUUCGAGAUAUUAUAGAAAAGGCAGAUGAAAUGCUCAAUGAAGAUCCUAGUAUGGAGGCAGAAGGCGAUCAAAGUAUGGAUGGCAUUCAGAACCAGAAAUUGGAUGGAGACUUCAAGCAACCGGAUCCUGUUUCUUCCAUGCCACAAAAAAUAGGUGUACCUCCUAAUUCGCUUACUCAGGUAGUCCACUCUGCUGGAAGAAGAUUUAUUGUCAGUCCUGUACCAGAAAGUAGAUUGCGAGAACAGAAAUUUUUCACUUCCAUUCCAUCAGAAUAUGAGCUUUUUGAUUCAAUUGCUUCCACAUCUCAUGGUCCUGGGAUGAAUCUCUCGCAUUCUGCAUCAUCAAUCAGUCUGCAGCAAGCUUUCUCAGAACUCAAGCAUAUGCAGCACACUGAAGGACCUAGCACAGCUCCCCCAAUAUUUAACCAAGCUGUGCCUCCUUUUCCUAUUGUAGCUUCAGGGGCCAAUGGGCUGCCAUCUACAACUGUACCUGCUUCCUCUGCGUCACUUCCUCCCUCCACUAGUAUUUCUUUAUCGUCAACUCAGUCCACAGAAACAGGGCUUCCAACAAGUGAAGAAUUGUCAGUCCCAAGCUCUCCACCACCAGUGUUGCCUGGAUCACAGUUAAUUAGUGGAGUAGCUUUGAGUGUCAGUGCACCUUCAUUUCCAUCCACAUCUGUAGUCCAGGCAGCUUCUGCUACUGGAGAAAUUGUUACUAGUAUUAGCACGCCUGCUUCCCUGACGUUGCCACAAGCUGCAACAACAGGGCCUAGUGUUACAGUAUCGGGCGUUAUGGCGCCAUUGGUGCCAUCCCAGCCAGUUGGCAGUGCUGUUUCAACAACAUCUCAAACAGUUCCUGUAUCUAUGGCCCAGAGCGUUGUUUCACAGACUUCUCACUUGAACACCAGUACUUCUGUUCCCAGCCUAGCAAAUGUGGUAGUGGUUAGUGUGCUGCAACCAAGAUCAGAAAGUGAACAGGCAUCAGAAAAUCCACAGUUGUGCCAUACAGGUGAAAUACCUGUGCAUGUUUCUGUACCAAUACUCUCUACAGGAGACUCGGGCAUGUCUAGCAGCAGCUCCCAGCAAUCUGUGGUACAGCCAUUACCCGUCCCACCUAUAGUUACCUCAUCUAGUUUUGCAACACCAUUGGGUGCAGUCUCUGCCCCAGUGUUACCCCAGGGCCCUUUGCCUGGUGCCGUACCACUGGCACAGCCAGUAGCUAAUAUACCUGUUGUCCAGCAGACUUUGAUACACAGUCAGCCUCAACCAGCGCCAUUACCCAAUCAACCUCAUACUCAUUGUCUAGAAGGGGAUAUUGACACCCAGCCCAAAGCACCUGGCAUUGAUGACAUAAAAACCCUGGAAGAAAAGCUACGAUCCCUCUUCAGUGAACAUGGUGGAAUUGGAACAGCUCACCCCUCUGUGUCCCUGGAAACAUCUUUAACAAUGGAGGGCACAGCCAUUCCUGGCUUACCAAGUACUACUGGUGCACCCACAAAGCCUGUGCCAUCCACUGCAAGUACCAGUAUACCACCAGCAAGUUUGGUGCUUGGUCCGACAGGUCUUCCUGUCAUGACACCAGUUACCACUCCAGGACAAGCUGGCACCCCAAUUAGUUCCGUCUCAGUGACGUGCUGCCCUGCAACAGCAACGACUAAACCAGGGACGCCUCCUUCAAAACCACCUCUUAACCGGACCUCGGCACUACCAGUAGGUUCUGAACUUCCAACUGGUGCUCCACCCAGUGAGCAGCUGCCACCCUUUCCGGGACCUACACUAACUCAGUCCCAACAACCUCUGGAAGAUCUGGAUGCCCAGCUGAGAAGAACUCUGAGUCCAGAGAUGGUUACAACAACUGCAUGUUCUGUGCCACCUGUGGCAACUUCAGCAGUGACUGGAAUGGUAUCCGCCUCAGAGCAACCCACAGAUUCUGGUUCUCAGGAUGCAGAGAGCAGUAGCACCUCGGAAGUUGCAGUUCUUAAGAUGGGUCGUUUUCAGGUGUCAGUGGCUGUGGAUGAUCAGAAAGACAGCGAAAGUAAACCCAAGCACUUUGAUACAACAACCUCAGAAUCCUCAUCUUUGUCUAGCAGCAGUCCAGAAAGUACUCUCGUGAAGCACGCCUACAGUGGGACAGCAGAUAAUAUCCCCGUCACUUCAGUGGAUGCAGUGGAUGGUGCACUCUCUCCCACUGUUCAUUUGCAGCCAACCAAGGUUGGACGUUUCCAGGUGACAACAACGACGGACCAAGUUGGCCGCUUUUCUGUGUCUAGAACUCAAGAUGAGGUAACCUGCAUGGAGAGAGAUGUUCCUGAAGUGGUCCCUUUGUCCAUGGACUCUGUGCAAGUUUCUUCUCCACUUACGACCCCUAAAUCGGAAUUUGCAGAGAGAAGGCCGUCUCUGCAUCUGAAUGGGCCAUCCUCUGAAUUGGAAGCUGCUUUCCUGAGCGGUGUAGCUAAAGAGUUAGAUGAUGGUUCAGGGAGUCCUGAUUCAAUCCCCCCUCCUGCCUCAAAAGUCAGUCUUCCAGUCCAGAGUCUCAGCAACUCAUUCAACUCUUCCUACCUGAGCAGCGAUAAUGAGUCAGACAUAGAAGAUGAAGAUUUGAAGUGUGAGCUGCGUCGACUACGGGAAAAGCACCUUAAAGAGAUCCAAGAACUUCAGAGUCGUCAAAAGCUGGAGAUUGAACUCCUUUACACAAAAUUGGGCAAAGUGCCUCCAGCAGUCAUCAUCCCUCCUGCUGCUCCUCUCUCAGGCAGGAGAAGAAGACCUACUAAAGGAAAAAGCAGCCGAUCCAGUCGCAGCAGUUCCCAGGGUAACAAGAGUCCACAAAUUUUGGGAAACCUGUCUGCUCAGAGUGCCCCUUCAGUUCUACCCCAGCAGCAGACCCUGCACCCUCCUUGUAGCGUCCCUGAAACAGGACAGAACCAUCUGUUACAGCCACUGAAGCCAUCUCCUUCUAGUGAAAAUCUCUAUUCAGCUUUUACUAGCGAUGGGGCCAUUUCUGCUCCAAGCCUUUCUGGGCCAGGCCAAGGGACCAGCAGUGUAAACACUGUUGGAGGUACAGUAAACAGCCAGGCACCCCAGUCUCAGCCCCCUGCCUCUAGUCGGAAAGGAACCUUCACUGAUGAUCUGCACAAACUAGUGGACAACUGGGCUCGUGACGCUAUGAAUCUGUCUGGCAAGAAAGGAGGCAAAGGACAUGGCAAUUACGAGGGUCCAGGAAUGGCAAGGAAGUUCUCCGCACCAAGCCAACUCUGCAUCUCGAUGACAUCCUCUCUUGGUGCUACCCCUAUCUCUGCAGCAUCAGCUACCUCCCUAGGUCACUUCACCAAGGCCAUGUGUCCCCCUCAGCCGUUUGGUUAUCCAGCAGUGCCCUUUGUACCCCCCUGGAGCGGGACGGGUGGUCCAGCACAGCAGCCUUUAAACCAGUUCCAGCCUGUAGGAACUGCCUCAUUACAAAACUUCAACAUCAGCAACUUACAGAAAUCUAUCAGCAACCCCCCUGGCUCCAAUCUGCGGACCACUUAGCGAUUCCCAGCCACGUUGCUGGGUAGAUCUUUGGGCAGGAGUCGGGGCCUGAAUUAACUGCUAGGCUCUUUGUGCCCAAAAGGGAUGGAUGCCCCCCCCUCCCCUUCUAACCAUUGCUGUCUGCACUCAGUAAGUAAAGCCCCCCUUUCGGAAGAUGGGGAGAACGUGAUCAGGAUCCUCUUAAGACGGCACAUACUUCCUCUAAUUCUUGUAUGUGGCAGAAUGUAUAGAGAUGGAAAUCACCAUGCAAGCCAGCAGCCUCUGACUGUAAAAUCCACAUGACUUAAGAGGCUGGAUCCUAUGGGUUGGGAAAGAAAGUUGUUAGCCUUCGCAUGAAUCUUCGUAUGCCAUUUGCCUUGUUCUGAAGAACUUGAGCCCAAAUGGAAAGCGGUCUAUUUUUACAUCAUCUUAUCCUUUCCUUCAGAACAUGACAUCACAGUUCCGGAACAAGUGCGCACACAGAUGGACAUACAGAAUAGCCCAUGCUUUGAGAUAAGUCUUUCCUGCUUUCAGGAAAAGAUAUUAAGAGCUUUGGCAGCAGCAUUAGAGCAAUUUAAAAUGUUUAGAAGAAAAAUAAUUAAAAGUUCCCUGCGGACAUGUACUUACCAUCAGUUUUGAUGUGGAAACACUGUGAUAUAUAAAUGUUGUUGGACAACAGUAGUUUAAAAAAAACAAACGAGUGGAGUAUAGGGGGUUAAACAGUCAAAAAAGAAAAAAUGGGAAAAAAGCUAGCUAUAUCCUGAUACUUAUUGGAGACACUUUAACUUUUUUCCUUUUUAUUUUCAUUGUAUUAGAUAAAUGUGAAUGUAUAAUUGUAUAAAUUAAUGUACUUGAAUACUUGUCUGUUCUCCCAGUAUGCUUGCUGGAUAUUUUAGUGCCUUGGACUUUUUAUUGCUCCUGCAGUUAGCAUCACCUGCCCGGCAGACUUUAGACAGACCAAGGGAAAGGCGAGAGGGAGGUUAUUUUGGACAUAGCCACUGAAAUACCAAAGGCCUAAAACAUUGGAUGCUUAUACUGUAACAGUGUCUAGAGUAGGUGUUGGAGGGGGAGCUACUGCAGCUCUACGUCGAAAAGGUAAACUACAGAGAGGAGGUGGGGAAAACCAGCAAUGGAUAUUGGUGGAGGGUACAGAAAUGAUGACAUGUUGUGUAACCAGAGUAAAACUGGGCUGAAUGUGAACAGAGAGAGAGAGAAAGAGAGAGGAGGGAGGGAAGGAGAAAGGCUUGUCUGAAAGGACGGCUCCUAGGGGCAGGCUGGCUGAAAGCUAAAAAAGGGUUUUAGGAGGGUCAACAUGUGUUCAGAAACGGGAGUUUAGGACCCUGGGGAGCGCGAACGUCUCCUGGGGUUGCUCUUUCAUUCUACCUAGGAAGGGCAGAAACAGAUAUUCCAUGUUGCGGGUUUCAUUGCCAAGGACAGAUACACUUGAAACACUCAGAAUCAAAAAAUAACUUUGUUUUUGUUAAAAAUGUCUAAAGGACUUAAAACUUGGUACCAAGACUGUAACUGUGUUGCCUUCGAGUAGGUGCACUGCAUCGCCUACUUUCCACUCAGACUCGGUUUCUAACGCGACAUACAAGUUCUCGAUUCAAACGACAUAUUGCAACCAACUAGUAUUACUCUCUAUUGCUGCAGCAGGCUGUGAAGGGUCAGAGUACUUCUAUUUUGUAUUUGGGAGUAGCUUUACUGCUGGUCUAAAAAGUUUGUAUACUAAGUAAAAAAAAAAUGUCUCCCCCCCCCCCCCAAAAAAAAAGUUCCUUUAAGGUUAGCAGGGAAUUUGUUAUUUCUGUACUUGUUCACGCUACCCUCAAACAUAUGCACAGGUUUGUCUUUCCAUCCCUUUGUCUCAAGUUGAAGUUUUUAAGAGUGGCUUUUGUCAGGAAGGGAGGCCUCGGCAGGGUGGCUGGAAAGCAAAAGACGGGAAGUCCAUAAGGUAGCUGGGCUCCAACCCCUUUUCCGACUUCAAAGUCCCCCAUUGUAACGGAAUAUGGGGGAAAGCUGUGGCUUCCUACUGUUAAUGGAGAAGCUUUUACUUUCUGAGUUUGUGGCCCAUUCUUCAAAACAAGAAAUGAAUUAAUAUGCAGAAAGUAGAAAGAAUCAGUGAUGAAAGGUGCCACUUCAUGGUUAGAAUGGUCAGCUGAGUGUUGCACGAGGAUGGUAUUUUGGUUUAAUAUGUUUGAGGUUGGGUUUUCACUUAGUUAUUCAAAUACUGGUUUUAUUUACCAUUGAUUUCCCUCCUGUGGAUUAAAUAACUGAGGUCUAGAAGAAUUAACUAGUGCUACUGAACUGUUAAAUUAUUUUGUGUUAAUAUUACACUUUUGAGUACCUUUUUUUCCACAAGAUCUGUUUCUGAAUUACAGAUGUUUUCUUUACAUUAUUUAACAAUGUACACUGUAAAAAUAAAAUAAAAGGAAUUCAAACCUU